UUCAGGCCUUUGAAUUUUAAGUCAAACUCCAAGUCCGCGUGCUUGGCCUUGCUUUCUCUUUCUCCCUUUAAGCUCAGUGGAAGUUGACUCCACUUUGACAGGUGUGUAUUCCUCCCUCCCCAGCUCCACGCUCAGCUGCUCGCCAGCGAAGCGGCUUCGAGUUCUCACGCCGUCCUUCCCUAGGGGCAGCGUGGUCUGAGGUCAGGGCUCUGGGCCCUGCAGACCUAAGGGCCAUCAGGAUCUGGCUUCUGUCCUGGGCCCUGCUGGGCUCCAGGGAAGGCAGUCGGGCAGUGUGGGCUGUCCUGUGAUGUCACUCUAAGACUCACCAGAGAGCUCUCAGAAACCAGGAGCCCAUUCCCAACGCCCCAGCAGGUGUCUGGCCAGGAUCACUCCCGAAGCCUGAGCUGGUCUUUGCUAGAAAUGGACGUUCCUGAGGCGCCCUCUGGUGGAUCUGACGGUCUGUAAAUUCCAAGUGAUGUCCAGGGUCCUCACGCCGCGGCCCAACCCCUCCCCGGGAAACGGGACUCUGUACGAACAUUACAACUACGUGGGCAAGCUGGCCGGCCGGCUGACGGACGCCCCCGAGGGCAGCGCGCUCACCACCGUGCUGUUCCUGGUCAUCUGCAGCUUCAUCGUCCUGGAGAACCUGAUGGUUCUGAUUGCCAUCUGGAAAAACAAGAAACUUCACAACCGCAUGUACUUCUUCAUCAGCAACCUGGCUCUCUGCGACCUGCUGGCUGGCAUCGCCUACAAGGUCAACAUCCUGAUGUCAGGCAAGAGGACGCUGAGCCUGUCUCCCACGGUCUGGUUCCUGCGAGAAGGCAGCAUGUUCGUGGCCCUCGGGGCAUCCACCUGCAGCUUACUGGCCAUCGCCAUCGAGCGGCACCUGACCAUGAUCAAAAUGAGGCCGUACAAUGCCAACAAGAAGCACCGAGUCUUCCUUCUCAUCGGGAUGUGCUGGCUCAUCGCGCUCUCGCUGGGAGCCCUGCCCAUCCUGGGCUGGAACUGCCUGCAAAACCUCCCCGACUGCUCCACCAUCCUGCCCCUCUAUUCCAAGAAGUACAUCGCGUUCUGCAUUAGCAUCUUCACCGCCAUCCUGGUGGCCAUCGUGAUCCUGUACGCGCGCAUCUACUGCCUGGUGAAGUCCAGCAGCCGCAGGGUGGCCAACCCCCAGCACUCGGAGCGGUCCAUGGCCCUGCUCCGCACCGUGGUGAUCGUGGUGAGUGUGUUCAUCGCCUGUUGGUCCCCACUCUUCAUCCUCUUCCUCGUCGACGUGGCCUGCAAAGUGAAGGAGUGUGCCGUCCUGUUCAAGGACAAGUGGUUCAUUGUGCUGGCAGUGCUCAACUCCGCCAUGAACCCCGUCAUCUACACGCUGGCCAGCAAGGAGAUGCGGCGGGCCUUUUUCCGGCUGGUCUGCAACUGCCUGGUCAGGGCCCAGGGCACCCGCUCCUUGCCCAUCCAGCUCACUCUCGACCCGAGCAAGAGCAAGUCCAGUGGCAGCAACAGCAGCCCCUCCCCGAAGAGCAAGGAAGACAUUACCCAAACGGCCCCCUCACCCUGCAUAACUGACAGAAACAAAACCCUGCAGAAUGGGCUCCUCUGCAAGUGAGGGCGGGGCUCACGGGGCAGGUCCUCGCAUCUCCACGGGAGGAGCAGCACCCAGCCCUGCCGCACCUGCUUAUUUUUUAAAAAGUAUAUUUUUAUUGAUUUCAGAGAGGAAGGGGGAGGGAGGGAG